AUGACUGAGACGGAAGCCGCUGAUGCACUUGGCACCGUAACCAUAGCUGGCCUGCACGGUCAACUCGUAACUUUUCCUGCAGACUCGGAAGCUUUGCGCGGUGGUUUCCAUCACUCGCAAGUGGAGGAAGGCGACGUUGGAGACGUUGAGGCAGGCGGCGAGGAGGGCCAUGCGGAAAGUGAGGAAUAUGACGACCACGAAGGCGAGGAACAAGAGGACGGUGAAGAUGCCGCAGGCGAUGAGAAUCAACAGCAGCCACAUUUCGAGCCAGUUCUCCCCGCUGCGCACGCUGGAGCAGCAGUUGGUAACGGGGCUGCGCCGUUUCCCGAUGCGCAUCAUGCCGCUAUCAACCGACGACUUGAAGCCGAGCUGGAGGACCUGCGCAACACCUUGGCGGUGAUGCAGUACAAUCAAACGACCCAGCAGCAGAUCGAAAAGGAGAGGGAUGAGCUGCGUCAAGAGGUUUCGGCGCUUCGGGAUGAGAUUGAGGCGUUUCGAUCCGGAACGCACGCAAUAGAUGGACCCGAUGACGUGGACGACCCCCGAAUCAACAUGGACAGGCUGCCGAAGGUGGACGGGAAAAUCCACAUUCCCACCAGCUUGUCCGACGACGAGGCGUUCGCGAAAAACGCGCUCGCCGUGUACGUCGGGAUGAUUACUGCUGGGCCGGCAAAGUCGAUGCAGUUCUACCCCGAUUGGCCAGACCUGGUUCCUUUGAUGGUGCGGAGGUAUGUGCGGCUGGGUGUUUGCAAGGACCUGUAUUACUUCGUGGCAGGAGGUGACAAGCUGAAGGAGGACGAGGCAAUGGAUAAGAUUGCCAACAAGCGGCAAACUAUGAACAAGACUAUGAAGCUUUAUGGCUGCGGCGCUGGAGGUGGCGUGGCGAAGGAAAGGUGGCACGAGCUGGAGCGGGUCGGCCUGAGGCCGACCGAGUUUAGAGAUCCAGUCGUUUGGACGGCUUACUUCAAGGACGGUGAGUCUUUGAGUGUUUGUUAA